AUGAAGGUGUGUACGAUUCUCGCGGAGGACGGCCUCCGAUCCUUCGAAACACCUCCUCGGCUCACCAGACGUCUUCUCGCCACUUCGGUCGUGGCCACGUUCGCCGGCGGCUUCCACUUUGGAUUCUUGAUUUCGGCGGUCAAUCCGCUCGCACACAUUCUUCAGCAGUUUAUCGUCGAAAACAUGCGAAUGUACGCUUACGCCAUUUGUAUCAUUCUGAUUCUUUUUCUGAUUCAUCGACAAAAGUCCUCCUAAACUUGCCAAUUUCAGACGUUACUCCGUGGAGCUCUCCCCAUCCAAACUAUCUCUGAUCUCCUCCUGCCUGGCCGGAUGUCUCUUUGUCGGCGCCAUGUUCGGCUCCUACCUCUCGGUCCACCUCCUUCCGUCCCUCGGUCCCCGACGGACCCUUCUCCUCGCUUCCGUCAUUCUCCUCUGCUCCACCCCACUUUUCGGACUCGCCUACGCUCUUAGUCUGCCAGAACUCCUGCCGAUUUCCCGGGUUCUUUCGGGUCUCGGAUUCGCCGUCGGAAUAUCCGCCCAAGCCGUGUACAUCACGGAAAUCAGCCCGACCAAGUACCGCGGAGUGACCAAUUCUCUGAGCGGUCUCGUCGGAAACACCGGCUUCUUCCUGGCCGCCUCGCUUGGCACUCCGUAUCUUCUGGGCACUGAUUCCCUCUGGCAGUACAUAUUUUUUCUGGAAAUCAUUCCCUGCGUCGUUCACAUAAUCGUAAAUAUUGUCUACUUCCACGAGAGUCCCAAGUACCUGCUGUCAACGGGGAAAAGCGUCGAGGCGGAGGCGUCGCUGAAAACGUUCUACGGUGCGGAAUGUCAUGUGAAACGGAUUCUAGAAGACUUACGGAGCAACGAUCAGGGAGUUGAGGAGAAGAGUUUGCGGGAGAUUCUCAAGGACAAGAGCUGUGUGCAGGCGUUGUCCCUCUCGGUCGCCGUCAAUUUCUCAGUCGCUUUCAGGUACGUUCUCCCCUUGAUUUCUGGCCCGUUAUACUUAUACCUUUUUUCCAGUGGAGUCGUCGCAUUCUCCUUCUUCGGAACUUUCCUCCUUCAAACCAUCGGAUUCACUGCGGAAGGCUCUUCCGCGGCGAAUGCCGUCUGCAGUUCAGUAUCCAUAAUCUCUGCACUUCUGGCCACCGUAGCCAUCGAUCGGGUACUUCAGAAGACCUCGUCACGGUGAUUUUUUCUGAGGGCGCAGUGGAGAGAGGAAGAAAGUUCGGCCCUCGUCCCGUGAACCGUCGGCUGCUUAUUUCGCCGGCCGGCGGCACGCUCCCCAAGCCUUUAUCCGCGCGCCAAAACUUGUGAUGCGUGUUUUCCGAAGAAUACUGAUUCAUUUUUCCUAAUUUUUUGGAAAUGAGUUCAUUAUGAUUGAAACUCGCAAGCAGCAACGAGAAACUCGCAGAAAUGUUUAGGGGUGACUGCCAUAACAGCUUUUUGCAAAAUAUGACUGCUCGUGCGUGCUUUUUGUGUCUCUUUGUUAGUUUACAUCAUAAUGAACACGUUCCCAAAAAAUCAAGUGAAAUUAAUCGGUAUUCAUUCGACGGCACACAUCUGAAGUCUCAGAACAGCCAAGGAGCGUGCGGGCGGCGGACAGAAACCUCCGCGUGACCCCAAAGAGAACUCACCGUGAUCGUUCUUUCUUACUCAACAUUUCCAGAUCGGCCGCCGUCUGCUCCUCAUCUCCUCUCUUCUCAUUCUCGCAAUCAUCAAUAUCCUCAUGAUGUGCCUUGUCUUCCUCUACAAUUUCACCAAAGACCCUCUUCUCGCGUGGCCGUUCCUCGCUCUUUUCGUCCUUUUCACUUUUGUCUUCAGCAUCGGAAUCGGACCGGCCGCGGUGUUCAUCGGAGCAGAACUGGCUCCUCCCGGUACUAUUUCUAAGAUGCAAAGCUACAGUACUGCCGUUCAGUAUGUUGAAAAGAGGAGAAAAACUGGAGAAAGAGUUCGUUUGGCAGGUUCAUUGGCUCGUUCAUCUGCCCGGUUUUAUACAUGUCCCUGAUUGAAUCAAUUAGUGGAUUCGCCUUCUUACUCUUCAUUGUCCCGCUCACAAUUACUGCUGCCUACUUUUACAUGUAAGAAUGAUACCCAGUCUAGUCUAUAAUUCACCUUCCUUGUUCAGGUUCCUUCCGGAGACGAAAGGAAAAACUUCUGCCCAAAUCAACGAGCUCUUACGCAAAUGA